CGACUCCGCGUCGCCCACAGAUCCAUCGGUGAGAUCUGCCAUCCCCAUCUUCCCGUGAACCAGAAACCUAACGCGGAGCGGCGCGGGGGCGACCGCCGGGCGAGGCAGGGCAGCGCACGCGCACGCAGCGGCCACCGUCGUCGGCGGAUCCAACCACCAUGGGCGGCGGCAACGGCCAGAAGUCCAGGAUGGCCCGCGAGAGGAACGCCGAGAAGAACAAGGCCGCCAAGGGGAGCCAGCUUGAUACCAACAAGAAGGCCAUGAGCAUCCAGUGCAAAGUAUGUAUGCAAACAUUCAUGUGUACCACGACUGAAGUGAAGUGCCGGGAGCACGCCGAGGCUAAGCAUCCAAAGUCAGACGUGUACCAGUGCUUCCCCCAUUUGAAGAAGUGAAAGCCUGUACAAGCAGCCAGGGUGCCAUGGCCAUGAAGUUCAAAAAACGUGUCUGUCAGCUGUGCGGUUUGAUCACCCGUCAGUAUAGGGGCUCCCCGUUACCGUUACUGAGGGAGUUCGUUCCGUGGUAUCUGUCGUCUAUCAUGCGUCCUGUCCUAUGUUAACUAACCUACAUAAGAAAGUGAUGUGGUGUCUAAUGAAACUGUUGUCUGCUGGUAAAACCUGGUUUCGGAAUGAUGAGUUUCAUGUGCAAGCUUGAUCUUUUGUUUGUGCCCUA